CCCAAAGCUCCCUACUAAUCCCCCACGCCCGGCUAAUAAGCUUGAGCUCACCCAAUCUCAUCAACAACAACUGCAAAACACACAAGGACCGUCUGCCAUCCGAGACUUUUCCAUGCAUUAGGAGCCCAGGAUCCGAUUUAUUUAGCUUUCAGUGGUCUCGGAUCUAGGAUCUCCAGUGCUGCACAGCGUUGGCGCUCGUCCUUCUAGGCCGCCAAUUGUUUCGUUCGACUGUUUUCCUCGUAAACACGCGACCCACCAUCCUCACAUUCCCGCCAACCCACGAUGGGUCGAGCCAAGGAGGCGGCGGCUGAGGCUGUCAAUGCCGUCGUGGAUGGCGCCGCAGCGGCGGCCUCAGCUGCAGACACGAUCUCAACAGACCUCGCUGAGUCCAUCGGAGCCAAGGCCGGGACGAUCGCCAGGAGACGCGACUCCCGCUUGCCCGGCCCGGUGCGGUUUACGUUGGCUGUUGUUUUGAGCUUUGCACUCUCUUCGCUGGGGCGCUCGUUUGUCGACCAUUACAGCCAAAACGAGGUGGGCAGCAUCAUGAGAGAGGAGACAUCAAGGACCGAGCUCGGUGUCCUUGCCGCGUGGAGAUUGUUUGGACUAGCUUUGGGCUGGUACAACGACUACGAUGGCUACGAUCUUGCGGCCCUGUCCCUGCUUUCGGAUGGUCCUGCGACCUAUCUCAUCUCCAUCUUCUACGGGAUCCGUCCAUUGACUGCCGGCGCUUACCUCGCCGUUGACGUCGCCUCAGCGUUUCUGCCGUUCCUCCUCGUGCGCCGGCUGUCCGGUGCGCACUCAGACGCCCCCGGCAUCCCAAACAAGGACAUUGUCGGCGACAGAGUGAUCCAAAUCCUCACUUCACUCCAGUCGGCGCUCGUCUAUAGCGUGGUGCUCUUCCUAGCUGGUCGGUUCCUUUUGCCUAGCAAGCUGGUCCUGUACUUUGAGGGUAUCCCCACCAUCAAGCCCGCAGCCGAUGCAACCUUCCUCGGCUUGGGCAGUCCGAUUACCAUGGCCCUCAGCCUGCUGUUCGGGUUGGCGGCGCGGACCUUCAUCUUCACGCCGUUCGUCACUACGCCGCAGACAUUCGAGGACCAGAAGAACGCUGAGUUCGAUCCGGUCAACGCUACUCUGGGGCAGACGGUAGCGUGGAACUUGUGGGGCUAUUCGACGCGCACCAAGGUGUCCCUCAAGCGUACUGCUGUGGCUAUGCUGUUCACCGCGGUCGGCACCUAUUUGGACACCGCGUUGGCGAUCAAGGGCGUCGAGCCAUACGGCGCGGGGGUCUACGCCGGCGUAUGGGUCACCGCUGCUUUCGUGACCGGGCUUACGCUGAGAUAUGUUGGAAGCAUAUGAGUUGCCUAUACUGCUGGUUGUCGCAGAUAUUAAAUGGCGUUGCUCUGGGACAACUGGUUGCAGAAACCAAGGCAACAGGGCGUUGAUCGACAUCCGGAUGACGCGCGGGCUAGGUUGCAUAUGACGGAUGUGGGAACGCUGAUCCGUUCGGCCACGGGUCGAACGUGGUCCGAUCAUCCAAAUUAACAUGCAUCCAUCUUCGGUCUCUGUUCGAGUUCAUCAGUUGUGGUAGGGUAGCAGUGAUGGCAUGGAUCCGAUGGGUCAGCA